CCACCAAUAUUCCUUCAUCCUUUUACUACAAAAAUUCUUCCACCACCUCAUCUGUCUUCUUCCUCACCACCGAUUAGUCCACUCCCCUUUUCUCUCUCCAAUCAGUCGUUUCAUAUUAAUCAUCAAUCAUCAAUCUGUAGAACCAAAACUAUACCAAACCAAAGGGGAGAAAGGAAUACCUUCCACAACCAACAACCUCUCCCUCUCCAAGAAACCAUAAGAAGAUUCCCACAAUUGAGGCACCAAUUGUUCCUUACCCUCCCCUCUCUGCCCUUCCACUCCUCUCUUUGGGCAGACCUCACCUCCGCAAGCUCUCUCAUCUUCCUCCCUGAAACAAUCCAUAUCUGGAAGAUUAUAAGAAAUUCAGAAAGAAAGAUUGUUCCUUUUUCCUUCUUUAGCCCAAGGCAGGCCAGAGUUCCGAGAAAAUCCGGUGAACCGAAUCAGGGUAUUGCUCGGUUUUUCAAGACUCGCCGGGAUGAAGCACAUUGACGAUGAUAUUCCGACAUCCCCAGGAAAGUUCAAGAUGGAUAAGCCUCCAUACCAUAGCAAUAGGCUCCGGCUUCAUUCCUCCCUACCCAGGUUCACCUUUUGGUCCAUCCUGUUCUUCGCUUUGAUCUACUUUCUGUUCUUCAGAUCACCGUCGUCUUCCUCCUCCCCCGCCGUCCCCUCGGAUCUCUUCCGGAGAUCCCUCAAAACCAGCUCCUACGGCGGCCAAGCCUGGGAAAAGAAGAUCAGGGCCUCCGCGAAAGUCAGAUCAAGAAACGGCAUGACCGUUCUUGUCACCGGAGCCGGCGGCUUUGUCGGGACCCACGUCUCCGCCGCCCUCAAGCGCCGCGGUGACGGCGUGGUGGGGCUCGACGUUUUCAACGACUAUUAUGAGCCGUCGUUGAAGCGGGCCCGCCAAAAGCUCCUCGAGCGUAACGGGGUGUUCAUAGUGGAAGGCGACAUAAACGACGCCGCAUUGCUCAGGAAGCUCUUCGAGAUCGGCCAUUUCACGCACGUGAUGCAUCUCGCCGCCCAGGCCGGCGUGAGAUACGCGAUGGAGAAUCCGGGAUCAUACGUCCAUAGCAACAUCGCAGGCUUCGUCAACCUUCUGGAGGUCUGCAAAAAUGUCAACCCACAGCCGGCCAUAGUCUGGGCUUCUUCAAGCUCUGUUUAUGGAUUGAACAGUAAGGUCCCGUUUUCGGAAUCUGAUAGAACAGAUCAACCCGCGAGUCUUUAUGCUGCCACCAAGAAAGCCGGGGAGGAAAUUGCCCACACAUAUAAUCACAUCUAUGGGCUUUCCCUCACCGGAUUGCGGUUUUUCACGGUGUACGGGCCUUGGGGCCGACCGGACAUGGCGUACUUCUUUUUCACCAAAGACAUAUUGAAGGGGAAGUCAAUUCCCAUAUUUGAGGCGGCAAACCACGGAACCGUCGCCAGAGAUUUUACUUACAUUGAUGACAUUGUGAAGGGGUGUUUGGCAGCCUUAGAUACCGCGGAGAAGAGUACUGGAAGUGGCGGGAAAAAGAAGGGGCCUGCUCAAUUGCGGGUUUUCAACCUCGGGAACACUUCACCCGUCCCGGUGUCUGAUCUAGUUGGCAUAUUGGAGAAGCUGCUGAAGGUGAAAGCCAAGAGGCAAAUUAUGAAGCUGCCAAGGAAUGGGGAUGUUCAGUUUACACAUGCUAAUAUCAGUUUGGCUAAGAGGGAGCUUGGGUAUAAACCUAGUACAGAUUUACAAACCGGGUUGAAGAAAUUUGUGCAAUGGUAUCUCAGUUACUAUGGAGGUGCUGGUGGAAAGAAGAGUUCACACUGAAACUAUACAAACAUUCUUUCUGUUGUUUGUAGUGGUGGUGGGGAGGAAGAGGUAGAUCAAAGGACCAAUUCCAUUUCUUUUGUUUUGUCUUUCCUUGUUCAUUCUUCUGAUGAUUGUUUUUUUUAAAGUUCAUACACACACUUUGUUGUCUUACUUUGUUGUAUAUCUGUACAAGGAUGAAGCUUAAGGGGCUUUUUGUGGUGCUGGAAAUUGUUUUGAUUGUUGUGAUAUAUGUUGUAUUAAAUGGGGACUUACACAUUAUAUGAUACCAUUCUUUUUUCUUUGGGGCUGUUCUUGAAAUGUAAUUGGUUAUGGGACUUGUAUCCCCAUUGUAAAUUUAUAAUGUAUUAUUUGGAGAUGAAGGGCUUUUAACAGGUUUAAAUAAAGGGAUUUGCCACAUUUUAUUUGUAUAUAGUCCAUCUAUAUAAUUGUAUGUCUUUUCUUCUUCUUUAUGAACAUCCUUGAACUUUGGUUGUUUUGAUGUUUAUAUGCAGUAUUUGAAUCUGAACUUUGGAUGUUUCUCAAUGGAAUGAUUCUCCUUCUACAUAUGCAGUAUUUGAAUCUGAACUCUUACAGCAGAUCUCAUGUUGGAAUCUGAACUCUUACAGCAGAUCCCAAUUGAUCUCAUGUUGGGAUUUCUGAUACUACAGCUUACUUUAUGUGAUAACAAAUACUACCUCGGUCCCAUAUUAAACUUCCAAUUGCGGGUUACGAAGUUUGACCAGUGAUAAAGUUAAAUGAUCCCUGUGAAAACUCGGAUUAUUUUUAGAAAAUAAAAUUUAUAUAUUCAGAAACUACAUCAAACCCGCUACAAAGCCUGCAAAACAAAAUUCACUUUUUAUAAAAUUUUGAUAUAUAAAGUAAGAGUUUAAGUGUGAUUUAAGUUGACCCUCGAAAAGCGAAAUAGAAGUUUAUUUAGGGACGGAGGGAGUAUAACAAAACUGAAGGGGAAAGGGAUGUGUAGGAUUGUAGGAAUAUCACACUUUGAUGCAGC